AUGUGCGAACGACCCAAAAUGUCGGACGUGGCAAAAGGCUUGGGUGUGACGCCCGAGAACAGAUCGGUGCGGCAGAAGGGGGGCAUGACUUGGGUGGUGCCUGGCAUAUUUUUGGGCAACAAGCAAGCUGCUGCAGAUGUGGCUCACUUAGAGCAGUCCAGAGUGAGAGCGGUGGUCUCGGUGGGUGCCAAACCUUCCAUGGCCUUUCCGUGUCACUAUGUCCCAGUGCAAGACAAUGGAUCAGACUCCAUGUUGCCUUUCCUGGAUGAAGCCUGUGACUUCAUUCACCAACAUCGAAAGAUGGGCUCAGUGCUGGUACAUUGCAAGGGCGGCAUCAAUCGUUCGCCAUGUUUGUUGGUGGCCUACUUGAUGAAGUACGAAGAUCUUUCACUGGGCGAGGCCCUGAGCCUCGUCGCGGCGGCGCGCCCCGCCGCCCACUGCCCAUCCAACUUCCGGAAGGAUUUGCAGAGCUUUGCGGCCCAGCUGCGCCCAGAGACGGAGCCGUACUCGGCGGAUCCUGGUUCACCAGUUCCCAACGAGAGCCAUGUACAGUGCACAGAGAUUCGGGGAACUCCAGAUCUGCCAGAGAAUUUCACGCGGGUUCCGACUGGCCUGGUCUCCCACGUGGCUUUGGGGCUGAAGCCCGACUGUGAGCGGGUGGGCCGCUUCGUUUCAGCCAUUGAUCCCAUCGAGGUGAUGGCUCCGCUCUAUGGCAUGGCGGACAUCCACGUGCGCCAGGCCUCGGAGGAAUACACCGUGCGGUCGAUCAGCUUGGUGGAGGAAAGUCAGAGCAGCCAAGGUGACCCAGAACAAAUGCGGAGAGCAGCCAAUGAGCUGGCCAACAUCCAUCACCAUCUCCAUGGCGAAGCGGCCGUUUCGACCACGAUCGGCCCCUCCUGCGACCUCUAUGCCUGUGGCCGGAUUCUGCUGAGCUGCUUUCGUGGUGGUUGUGAGAUCAUGCCAUCUCUGAACCUUGACAGGUUUGCUGUGGCCUAUGCGGACUGGGUACGCGCAGGGUGCCCCUCGACCGAAGAACGCUAUGGUCUUCUGUGGGCCCUCAAGGAGCUCAAGAAUGAGAAGACCGAGCGCAGUGAGGAGAUCCUGCAAGUGGAGAAGAUGGAAGUGCGACUUCUGCUCUCCAGGUGCAUCAAGCGAUCCAGGUAUUCGCGAUUGGGAAGCUGUUGGGAAGCAGCUGAGAUGUUGGCGCAAGCGUCUUGCUGGCUCGGCAUGACGGAAGAAUUCCUGACAUCUCACAAAGUGGCCGUGGAACAGGCGAAGCGCGCCAGUCUGCUGGAUGCACACUAUUCUGUGGCCCAGGAACUCUUUGAACAGGAACGGCGGCAGCUCAGGGAGGACUCGUCUGCCAGGGCAGAGGCCGCCCAGCAGGUGGCAGAAACCCAUCAAGUGGAAGGUUCGUUGGUCUCCGCGCGAUGGAACUUGCGCGCCUUCACCAUCGGGCCGCCGCACAUCCGGCGCAUCAUCCAGGUCUUGCGGGAAUGGCCGGAUGGAAAGAUCAUCCAGGCCAUUGGCUUUUCACGCUUCGAGGCGAACAUCGAACCGCAGUUGCAGGAUGUCUUCAUGCAAUGCUUCUCCGAUGUUCUCCAGCCGCAACAUGGACAUAAGCCCAUGCAGCAGCGUCGCAGACGAGGCUUGCGUCACUCCUUGGGGAGCAUCAACGUGGGAGAGCUUCGAAAGCCCUUAAUCUUCCUGGAGGAUGUGCAGCUGCCCACGGAGGAACUGCAUCGCACCGCGUUUCCCCUGGAGGAAGUCUUCGAGCGAAACAUCCUUUGGCUAGUGGUCAUGUCAGCUUGCAAAGUCGACUUGACUCCGGCGCCCAGUGGCCUCGGCCAGGAGAAGCCUCCGUCGAUCAGUUCGGUUCCGGGUGCCUUGGAGUCCUUGAUCUCUUCCAUGGAGAGGAGACCGGAGACCGUUCGUCACACUGUCCACAUCAGCCAGUUUGGGCCGGGAACCAUGCGGUGGAACACCUGUGGCGGAACCCACGGUGCAGCGGCGCUGGCUUCAGCCAUUUCCGCCACGCCUGUCGCGGACCACCGGCGCUCGCUGCACCGAACAGCACCGGCCUUUGCGCCAGCCUUGGCGCUGGCGGGGCUUCGGCGGCGAGGGCGAGACGUUGGGAAAAGGAGACGGGCGGAGGAAUCGGAGGACGUGGAGAAGCAGGAAGCUGAGGUACCCACCAGGUGGGAGCUCCUGCGCUUCGCGGCGCCCCUGGCCGCGGUGAGCGUCACGGGGCCCAUCCUGUCGACGAUCGACACCUCCUUCGUGGGGCGCUGCGCGGGGACCUUGGAGUUGGCGGCCUUGGGACCCGCCUGCACGGUGACCGAUCUGAUCUACCUGAUUUGCAGCACCAUUUCAACUGCUGCCAUCAACCUCUAUGCCGGAGUUGGGGAGGAGGACACGAAGCGGAAGCGCUUCAACGCCACCUGCGUGUCCGUGGCCUUGUGCAUUGGCCUCACCGGCGCCGCGGUCUCGACGCUGUUGGGCCGCUUCCUCCUCCAGGCGCUGGGGGCCACGCCAGUGAUGAUGGGUGUGGCGCAAAAGUAUGUCGCCACACGUGCAGUUGGCUUGCCUUUGGCGACGAUCGCCUGUGCCAUGUACGGUUUGUGCGUGGGUAAAGGCGAUACCAAGACUCCGUUGAUCGUAACAGUCUACCUCUCUGCGGUGCUCAACGUCUUCUUCGACUGGCUUUUGUGUGCGGUGAUCCCGUGGGGUGCCGCAGGGGCUGCUUGGGCUACCGUGGCUGCCCAGGUGGGGAGUUUCGUGGCCUACUUCACCAUCAUGCGCCGAAAGAAGCAAUUGCCUUUACCCAGCCUCAACGAGUUCUGGCCAUCCUGGGCUGAAACGAAGCCCAUCCUCUCCAUCUACUUGCCCGUCUCCUUCAUCGUGGUUUGUGUGCUGUCGAUGUAUGCAGCCAUGUCGGGCUUCGUGAAUCAAACGCAGCCCUUGGUCAUGAUGGCUGCCUACAAGAUUUGGAUCACCGUCUUCGCCUUCUUCGCCCUCUGCGCCGAUCCCAUGGCCGCUGCCACCUCCACGAAGCUGCCGCCGUUCGUCCUGCGCCGCUGCCGGCGCUCCGCCGAGCUCUUCUGCAGCCGCGGCGCCUCCACGGCCGCCGGGGUGGGCGUGGCCGGAGGGCUCCUGGGUGCUGCCUUGCUCUACUUCGGCGCGGGAGCCUUCACGCAGGACGCGAGGGUGAUCCAAGGAGCCAAGAUCGGAGUGCUGCCCUUCGUCUUGAUUUUAUGCAUCAUGCAUCCAACGAGGGUUUGUCAGAAUUCCUUGGUAGUGCAUGGGGAUCUCUCGUUUUACGUGGUGGCCCAAGUCUGCUUGUCCGGGCUCUUCUUCCUGGGCUUGACUCUGCUGGCUGGGAGGUGCGAGAUUGGCAGCCUUUCAGCGUACCGCAGUAUGAUGAUGGCCACCUUCAGCUUCUAUGUGGCCAGCCUUUGCACCUACGGCGCGCGUGUACGGCACCUGAAUCGAAAUUUGGACACCAAAGGCUCUCGGGCGCAGCUCGGUGGCUCAGAACGGGCGUUUUUCGUCGCCGGUGACGCGGUGACACUUUCCGCGGCGGUGGUGACGCGCACGCGAUGUCUUGAGGUCGCCAAAUGCACCACGUUGGGAAGCCCCAGGUUUCGGAGGGACCUGGGUCCCACAGAGAGAGGUUUGGAAGUCUUCAGCAGUGGUGACAGUGACGUGACACUGACCGUUGAGUUUUUCUCAGCAGCCAAGAGAUGUGAGGUGACGGUGACAGUGAAGUGGCUGAGGGAGCUGGAUCUCAGUGACAACCACCUGGGCUCCAAGGCAGUGGCCAAGGUGCUGCAGGCUGGCCGUGAUAAUCUGCAGAUCCUGGAUUUAAGUCGCAAUCGCCUGGGCGACGAGGGCGCUCGGGCGUUGGCCGAUGCUUUGGGCAAAGGUCCAUCUUCGGGCUAUUCGCUGACGGUGCUGCGGCUGCGAGGGAAUGGUAUCAGCGACGAUGGUGGAGAAUCACUGGCAGAAGCCUUGAUGUCAGUGACCACUUUGCUGGAAUUCGACUUUGCGGAGAAUCAGAUCAGCGUGCAGACGGCGGCCUUGCUCUUCCGGGCGACCUGCGCGGCCAAGGUGCUCAAGAGGCUGAACCUCGACAGCAACUUGCCGUGGCCCACCAGCGAGAACUGCGAGAUGCUGGUAGCGGCUUUCACGGACCAGCUUUGUGGACACCAAGCAGUGCCUUCCUUGGAGUUGGUAAGUCUCAGGCGUUGUAAGAUGCACAGCACCGGCGCCGUGAAGCUCUUCCACUCGGUGGCGUCCAACACCACCCUGCGCAAGCUCAACGUGGCCUGCAAUGGCCUGCGACAGGGCGCUGCGCCAGCGAUCGCCGCGGCUUUGGCGACCACCGGCUUGGAGGUCUUGGACUUGCGGGACAAUCGCCUGGGUGCCUUCGACGCCUUGGGUUUGGCCUUCCAACAGGUCUUCGCACCGGAGCAUCCUCACGCUACCGGGGAUUUCCCCUUGGCUGAGGAGACCCAUGCUCCGAAGCAUCGAGAGAACGACAACUUGCGGUCCUUGAACCUGGGCAACAACGAGCUCACCGGCGAGUCGAUGGUGAGGCUGUCGCUAGCUCUCCCGAGCUUCACAGCCCUCGAGGAGCUCCGGCUCUACCACAACCCCCUCUUGGGGGAUCUGGGCGCUCAGGCAUUGUCAGAUUUACUGGCCACGCCGUCAGGCACCAGCAUCACGCACCUCAACUUAGCGGCCUGCGGCAUCGGCGACGCUGGAUGUCAAGCACUGAUGCAAGCUGUUGGAGAUUACAAGAUUCUGAAGACCUUGGACCUCUCCUGCAACGGCCUCGGCGACGACUCAGCGAGCUCGGUCGCAGAGGUGCUCUCGCAGAGAGACUGUGAGCUUGAGAAGUUGAUGUUGUCCAUGAACGCCAUGAGUUCCUAUGGCAUCUCUGAGCUGAUGGAUGGAGUGUCUCGCAAUGUGGACGGCUGCUUGCGUGAAGUGGACGUGGCGUCGCAGGACGCGGGUCCUGCAAAGACCCAGUUCAUUGAUGAGGGAAUGAGCAAGGUGAAAUCCAAGUUCGUGGGGCUGCGCUAA